AGACUAGAGCGAGUCCACUUAAUCAAGAGUGGUCAAAGAAAUUCACCGGGCCGGGGGAAAGCCCUAGGAUUUCAGGAGUACUUUACUACUCUUCUGUCUUCUCGGUACCCCUAACUGAAUUCUCGCCUAUAAAUACAGGGCACCGCCCCGUAGGCCGUAGUCUUGUCCACGGAGAGCAUCAGCCACUCGACGAGCACAGAAAAAACCAGAUAGACACGGGACAACCUCGGCCGCUGAGAGUUCUUGUGCCAUCCUCUCGUACGUACAGCUGUGCAGCUCCGAUCCAUCGAGAGACGGACAUGAACAUGGACUUCACCGGAGACGCCGACGGCUUCGCCCUCGACUUCAUCGGCGACCUCAUGUUCGGCGUCGACGGCGGCAGCGUCCCCGUGGCCAGCCCUGUCGUAGUUUCCGACGACCUCACCUUCCCCGUCCUGCUGCCACCUCAUCAGCCGGAGUUCCAGCCCGUGUCGUUCUUACCACAGCAGCAGCAGCAUCAAGGAUACAUAGACGUGGGAGCUGCUCCGACCGCCGCUUCGGUCGUUGGCGAGGCGCCGGCGGCGUUCCGGGCGCAGGAGCCGGCGCGACCGGUGAUGAUAAAGUUCGGGAGCGAGCCGUCGUCGCCCGUGGCCACCACCAUGAGGCAGCCGCUCACCAUCUCCGUGCCGCCGAGCUCAUACGCCUGGGCCGCCGCGCCGGCCGUCGAGGACUUCCGCAAGUACCGCGGCGUCCGGCAGCGGCCCUGGGGCAAGUACGCGGCGGAGAUCCGCGACCCGAAGCGGCGCGGCUCGCGCGUGUGGCUCGGCACGUACGACACGCCCGUGGAGGCCGCGCGCGCCUACGACCGCGCCGCGUUCCGCAUGCGCGGCGCCAAGGCCAUCCUCAAUUUCCCGAACGAGGUUGGCACCCGCGGCGCUGAUGACCUCUGGGCGGCGCCGCCGGCCCCUCCCGCGACGGCGAACAAGCGGAAGCGGCAGCAGAUGGUGGAGGGUGAGGACCCCGACGUCGAGGUGGCCGCGGUGGUGGGCAAGGCAGUGAAGAUGGAGGCGCCGUCGUCGUCGUCGUUGACCCAGGCGUCCUCCGCCUCGCCGUCAUCGACGGUGACGUCGUCGACUACGACAGGGAAGGGCGGAGGUGCUGAGUGGCUGCCCGUGACACCGUCGAGCGGGAGCUCGGAGCAGUACUGGGAGGCGCUGCUCCGAGGUCUACCGCCGCUGUCGCCGCUGUCACCGCACCCAGCGUUGGGGUUUCCGCUGCUUAGCGUAAACUAAACUAAGCCGCCUGAGACUGUGCCUGCUAGUGUUACCACAGACUGACGGCAUGUUGCGUUCGGGUGUUCACGAGAUUGUAAAUUUGCAAGGGGUUGGACUUGGACCAUCUACAGUAGGAAUAUAAAUUGCACAAAUAAGUUUAUAUAAGCAGAGUACUAGGAGUAGAUCACCACCUACAGUAGACAUAUAAGUUGCACAAAUAGUUCACUUUUAACAGAGGGAUCUAAGGGUUUUUUGCA